AUGGCCAUUUCCACCGACUCGAGCGCCGACGCGAACAUCAACAGUAUCUACGCCCCUCUUCCUCCCUACAAAGAUCCUUCUGCUGGGGACGCCAUCAUACGCACGUCCGACGGCGUGGAGCUCCAUGUUCGCAGAUCUGACCUGGUCAUCGUUGGUCUCGACCCGAAUGGCAUGGUCACCGGCCUGCAUCCCACGCGCGGGGGUCCGAAGCCAACCUUCCCUGUCCAGGAGACCGGCGACAUAUGGGAGAAGGUCCUGCGCAUAUGCCUCGUGCACGAGGAGCCGUACACCCUCGACGACAUUGCCGCGCUCCUGGAGGUCGGGCGCAAGAGGAGUCUCCACGACAUGGCCGAGAUCGCGGCCCGCCGCACGCUGGAGCUCACGACGCUGCACCUCAACCCCUUCGAUGCCCUUCACGCCGUCUCCGCGGCCGACUACCACCGGCUCUUGGCGUACCGAGAGGAGUGCGGGAGGGCCGCCAGCGCGGUGACGCGGCCGCGAAUGGUCGAGGAGGUGCUCCCGGGGUGGAUCGCGGAGAAGCCGGCGCACUGGAAGCUGCUGUCGAUGACCUGCAUUGGCGGGUGCGCGGCGAAGUCCAAGACGCUGCUAGUGGUUGAGGGAGAGGGAAAGUCAGCGACCAUCUACGUCCGGAUCCGCGAGUCCUGGAUCACGUACCUGGAGACCCUCGGGGCGAUGCUGGCAGAGCAGCCGCGGGCCUCCCUCGCCUGCUCCCCAGAGCUCAUCGAGCCUGUGAUCUCGCACACUGCACGAAGGUUAUCUAUCCCAAAUGUGUCGCGUUUUCCGGAGCCAUGGAAACCGAGAUUGCAAAGGCUGUAUCGAAGGUCAGUGAAGCUUACGCUUUAG